AUGGUGAUUUCCGGAGGGCUUGAGCCGUCGCUAGAGCGCGCUGCCACCUCGUCGGCUGCGCCCGCCAAUUCCCAGACGGUGGCCGAAAAGGCGACCACGGCGACAAAACCCCCGCCGCCGCCGGCUACGAAGCCCGGGACAGCAGUCUCUGAAAUGCCUCCUCCCCUCGCACCCGCGGUUCCUGCUGCGGUGUUAACGCCUGCCGAAUCUGCGCCUGUCCCUGCGCCGUCCGCUCCGGCUGCUGCCGCCGUUCCCCUGGCUCCCCCUGUCGUGGCGCCAGCGACUGUCUCUGUCGCGGCUGGUGUUGAUCCGCCUGUUCCUGUUCCUGCCGCACCUGUUGCACCGCCCGCUGCUGUCCCCGCCGUGUCGGCGCCUUCCGCUGCUUUGUCACCGCAAGCGGCGUCCGCCACCACUGCCGGCCCGGCUCCGUUGGUUGCGCCCUUGGCGCCUGCUGGGACGCCGGUGGCCCCGGCGGGUCAGCUGUCACGUCCCUCCUUGCCUGACCGCCGCCUGUCUCGCCCCCAUUCUCCUGCGCUCCACCAGGAGCGCGCGUCGUCAAGGCGCCGGCGUGAAUCACCUCGGCGCAAUCACCAGCAGGCUCAGUGGCCUGCUCACCCUGGUGGCCAUAGAGGCUGGAGGGGUCCCCGCGGGCGUGGUGGUGGCGGGGCAUACCGGCCGCCUGUGACCAUGGCAGAUCUUCAGAGGGAGGUUUCGAGGGCCGUGCCCGAGGAGAGGGCAGCGCAGAACCAGAGUAGUUCGCUGCGGGCCGCGCCGGCGCAUGUGGCUCCACGUCAGGCUAUCCCUCCCGUGGAUCUUCCGCCAGCAGCUGCACGUCCCUCUCCUGUCCUUGCCCCUUCGGCUCCUGCUCCUACUGCCUCGGCUGCUGAUCCUGGGUCUCGUCUUCGCCUGCCGCCCGUUCCGCCGGUGGCGGGUGUCGAGUUCGUUCCUACUGUUGGGGGGGGCGGCGGGGGCGCACUGCACCAUCUUGCGGAGAGCCUUCACGCGCUGCUGCUGAUUCAGGUGCUGGCUCACUCGUCCCUCCCUGCAAUUCCUGCUGACUCGUUUCAUGACCGGCCGCACGAGACUUGCCUGGACGCGGCGGACCAGCUCGCACAGCUGCUGGCGCCCGCGUUGGCUGCGCCCGCAGAGGGUGGCGCUGCGGCUGUGGGACAGCUUGACGAGGCUGUCCGGGGCUUGAGGCGACACUUGCGUGCAGGAUCUGGAGCCGCGACGAUCGGCGCAAGUACGCUGUUGGUCCGUGAGCUGUGGCGGACGUUGACGGGCAUUCUCCAUGCCCUCGGAGCUCAAUGGAUGUAG